AUGUCCAUUUCCACAGCUCCAUCAGCAAAGAAUUUGGUGGUCGACAGCUCUGCCACAGUCCUGACCACACUUUUAACAGGCUCGUUGGUGAAUUUGCAACUCGACACAGACGUCAGAGAUAACGAAGCUAUACUCACAAGUUUCACCACCAGUUUCACAAACUUAGUCGUCGAGAGUGGUGGCUCUAACGAAAAUGCCAUCGGAAGUUUCAGUGCCAGCUCCGAUUUGAACACACUCACACUCAGCACCGAUAAGCCAAACAUCAAGUCAGGAUCCAACUCCAGUUCAACGGGUCUGGCUUUAGCUAGAGGUUCGGGCUUGAGAAGCUUGAAGUUGACCUUGGUUUUGAGCUCGUUGAUAGUCACCGCAUGUCUAGUUCAGAUUUAA